GUGAAAAACAAAAUAAGUACCAGAGAUCCUAUUGAGUCCUUUGUUCGCUAUAAAUGUUGCAAGACCAAAUUAUAUGAAUAAUUACAAAAGAUUUGGUUUCUCUGCAGCAGCCGACUGAAUCAAGCUGUUUAUUUGUUAAAGGUUUCAAGACGCGAUAUCCCCUGUUAAUUUGGUGCAUCUAUGGUACCAUGAAUGAGAUUCAUGCAUAGACAAACAGCGAAAACCUCAUUAGCCAUCUUUGUUUUUCUCGCUAUAAUCAAAGCUGCUUUUGAAUUAUACGUUCAGAUAACUUAGCAGCAUACCUGAGCACUAAGAUACUCGAGAAUGCUGGCAUGAAGAUCGCAACAAGCUGCCUAAGAAUUUCGUGUUUAUGUCUCUUUUUCGCCGGCCCCUGCUUCCUGAUCAUUGACACCCUUCUUUCAGAAUAUAAUGGCUUAUUGACGUGGAUAUAUCUUUGUCCAAAAGUCCCGCCAAACCUCUUAGGUCCAAUAUCAGUAGCGUUUAACGGCGAUGAUGUCUUGUCGAACCUCUCUUCGUUGUAUGGAGGCACCGUUCGAUUCGGAGGUUGGUGGAAGCCGAAUUGCAUUGCCAGGAAGACUGUUGCCGUUUUAAUCCCCUUCAGAAAACGUGCAGAGCAGCUCAAAGUGUUCUUGAACCACAUGCACCCGAUUCUACAAAGGCAGCUGUUAUCUUAUCGGAUAUUUGUGGUUGAACAGGCUGGAAACACGAGCUUCAACAAAGGCGCGAUAUACAACAUUGGUUUCAAUAUCUCGAUGCAGUUUGGUGAUUUUCAGUGCUACAUAUUUCAUGACAUCGACUUGCUGUCUGAAAAUGAUCAUAAUUAUUAUGGCUGCCCGAGAUCACCAAUGCAUAUGUCGCCAGCCAUUGACAAAUUCCAUUACAUGCUACCCUACUCGUCGCUUGUUGGAGGAGUGCAAGCCAUCUCGAAGACAGAUUAUAUCAAAAUUAAUGGAUAUUCGAACAAAUUUUAUGGUUGGGGUGGGGAGGAUGAUAAUUUGUAUCAAAGAUUUGUUGCAAAAGGAUUGAGAGUGACUAGGCCAAAUAUGGCCGUUGGUCGAUACAAGAUGAACAAAGGCCAUCAUUUUCGCAGCGAUCGCAGAAACCCUAAAAAUGAAAUAUUACUGAAAAAACGAAAACCCAGAAUUUCACUGGAUGGACUACGAAGCAUCGGCAAUCUUCAUUAUGUUGUAAAAUUUCAUUUAAGGCCUCUUUAUACACACAUAUCUAUUGAUCUGUUGAGCUGAUAUUGUUGGACCCCUUAUCAAUAAUUCUUUAUAUAUAUAUAUAUAUAUAUAUAUAAGAUGAUUUAUAUAUAAGAAGUCCGGCAAGAGGAAUGAGAUGAUCUUCGAUCAAAUGCGCUGGCGUUCAAACAAGGAGGAGCACAACACGUUGGAGCGUCUUGACCACGCCCGUUUGCGUUGAGGGGUUGAAUGACAACCAACGUUUUCCCACCAGAAGCUCCUUCAACUCAUGAUUGACAAAUGAUCGAAUAUCGUCGGACUGGGCAUUUGUUGGGCUGCCCACAAGUUUAUUUCUAGAACAUAGAACCAUUAAUCGUGACCCUAUGAAAACGAAAAAUCCUUUAGAAAAUUAAAAAUGGUAUACUUAGAUGUGUAUUUGUUUAUGUUCUCUAAAACGCUGUGAGGCAAAUGGACCGGGUGCCCCUCCUCCCAGCUGUCUAAAUCGGACAUAAUUGAGCGCAGCUUACGACCCCGGACUAAAAAUUUCAUGAUUUUGUCGGUUAAAAACAACAGGACAUUCAAUAUCCAUUAUUUAUAAACAUAUUGCUAAAUUCUUUAUAUACGCUACUUUGAACACCGAUGACAUUGAUAAUUCUGUAACAAAUUCUUUCAUGACAUAAAUUCUUUCACCGAUGACUAUCGAUAUUUCAAUGACGAUAUCUAAUUCAUAAAACAUUUAAUUAUAAUUCAAAACACAUCUCUCGACUAUUUUGAGGUUGAUAUAAAGGUUCGUUAGGCAACCAAAUGUGUUUCUGCAUUUUUUCUAACUUACAUAAUUGGCUGCCAGCUUGUCUUCAUUGCAAAUUUGUAAAACGGUUAAGUUACUCAGUGUUAAAAUAUUUGGUUUACUAAUCAUUAUGCAGUCACUAAAAUCUGUCAUAAAUCUGUUUAACCAUUUACUGACGUGUUGGCUAAUAUUUAGUCACACAUUUAUUGUGUGUUGAAAUAGCAGUUAGGAAUUCACUAUUUUUAAUGGUGGGAGAGUGGUGAUAUGCAUUCUCCAAACGUGUGGCUGGCGGCAUAAUCAAGUACAACUCUGACGUAAGUGUGUCCAAACUGGAGACAAUUCUGCAUCUACGAUGCCCAAAGGAGACAUUAAGAAUAGACGUUUAAAAUCGAUCUCGAUAGGUUUAAGGUGCGUAUAGUUCAGGCUUUGAGAUGCUUUUGUUAACCUUCUUCUUACGCAAGUUGAUUGCAAGACCUCUGCGAAAAAAGUGAAACUGGCAAUCGCAUCGAAGGGUCCAAUUAACUGUACCAUCUUCUAACAAAAUGUCAGGUUACCAUUGUCAAGGACUCCUGUCUAUUUCCACUGUAAACGCAUGGGGAAACUCAUGACAGCCACCUUCGGCCUUCCAAUAACUUAUCCGGCAAUAUCUUGCAACCAAGGGCCAAUUACUUGCAGUAUGACUGGGUACACGGGAUCACCCAGCCAUGAAAAUUGAUCACCCUCUUGCGGUAUUCUGCUGUACAAUAUAUCACAACGUUGACUCUUCAAGCAUGUCAAAGGGUGUCUCCUCGUCAGCGGAUUGCUCGCUUGACAGCUCCGCAGCGUCUGAUUCGUGGGGCUCUUCUUCUUCAGGGAUGCAGUCCGUUGAGUCAGCCACAACCUCGAUGUAAUCCUAAAAGGAUAAAAAACAUACAAUUAGAUUUGACAUUGAUGAUUGUGUAAUAUGAUUUGGCCGACGGUGUUCAUUUAAGUACUGCAUAAUCACACUAAGGCAAAUUUUACAUAAAAAUCUAUCCCUAAUGGCAUUAAUCUAAUUGGAUAACGUCGAUACCCACCAUCGAUGCGAAGCUCUCUAGGAAUUUCUCGAAUUGGUUGACGAGGCUGGUAAACGUCGGGCGGCUGUUUGCAUUCUCAUACCAGCACUUCAACAUCACUUCGUAUCUUCAAAAGAAGCAGUUGACAUUUCAAGAUUUAGGUGGAACAGAUAAGAGUACAUGAAAAGUUGACCGACGAAAACAGAGAGAACUGCCCAAAUGGAUCGUAUAUCUAUAUUUUCAUCAAUUUACAUAAAUUUUCAUCAAUUUACAUAAAUUUGUAUACCAUACAUAUUUCUUCAAUGGAGAGAUUCAUUUGCAACAACGUCUAGGCAUAGGAAACACAACCUACUUCGAUUAAAUGGUGAUAUUAGUCCUCGAAUAAGCGCCCAGGCGGUUAUUUUUGUGUCACAAGAGGGAUGCACUUAGCGCUUAUUCGAGGGGGCGCUUAUUCAAGCAUUAAGGGUAUUUGGUAUAAGAAACACCCAGCGAUCAAGUAAAUAAGAACUUGAAAUAAUAAUUAAAAUGUUUGAUGACAAAGUCGCUUAAAAAGAGCAAAAGAAUGAAAAUAGAAUUUUCUUGAAGUGAACACAAAAAUGGAUGCAAAAUUUAUAAAUAUUUUAGAGUCAAAGUAAAUAGACAGACAGCAUGAAAUGCAAACAAAAUGCAAAUAAAAAGGAAAUUAGAUUUGGGGUAUCAAUUUUGAUAAAAUUAACCAUGGUCACAAGUUUUUGGACUGAUUUUUAGCAUGGCCUUGAUUUUUGGGCAUCAUUUUUAAAAGAAAAGUAAUAUGUUUUCAUUGACUUGAUUGAGUUGUUUGCAUUUCAUAAUGUAUCUAAAUUUUGGCUUUUUGAAAAUCUAUGAACUUUUCUUCAUAUUUCAAAACGGCUAACCCCCUCAUCUGCCUAUUGAAGCUACCCUUCCCCCCUGAUUAAUCCAUAUGCUUACAUCUCUGAAGGACACCCUUGAGGCUUUUGCAUUCGAUAUCCUGACUUUAACAAGCUGAACAACUUCCCAACAGGAAUGCUUGGGUAAGGAGAGCCACCUGCAAAAAAGCACUUUGGUUGAGAAAAAAACGUAACCUGCGAGAUCACACAUUUGCUUAUCGAAAAAAUUCACACACCCUGAAACAAUUCCAAACAUAUUCAUUUCCCUUAAAAUAAAAAUUCUAAAAAUAUAUCUAAAUUGCUACCCUUUUCAAAGCGGCAUGUUUUUAUAUAGAAAUAGCUAAACUAACUUGUUUUGAGUCAGUUUGAAUACGAACACACGCAAUAUCGUGGAAAUGGAUCGAUAGAACCUUGUUUAAUCUGAGGCGGAAGAAUCCCUCAAAGUUACUUGUGAAUUGGGAAGCCGGCAUUGAGACUUUGCAACUUGGCAACUGCAAUAAGGAGAAUCAUAAAGAAUUUAUCAUCGGCAUCGCUUUAUGACCUACCUAAGGUGAAUAUCUCCCAUAAGAGAACACCAUACGCCCAUACGUCACUUUGCGUGGUAUAAACUCGAUCGAACAAUGCUUCUAUAGACAACCAUUUUAUUGGCAAUCGACCCUGGCAAUCAAACACAAUAUUAUCAACCAAAAAUAUUUUGCUUUCUGCAACAAAAACAGAACUAUAAACAGGAAACCAACAGUCAUAAAAACAAAGAUUAAACAGAAAGUUGCAUGGAAGGAAAAUGUCAUGUUUUAUUAUGACCAAUUCUAAAAUAGCAAAAAGAAUUGAAAAACCGUUGCAUUGAAAUCCAGAAAGAACAAAUGAAAGUUUAUCUAUUACACUGAUGUUUGCAAAGUGACAACCCUAGUAAGAAAGAGAAUUCUAGUUCUUUUAUAUCAAAUUAAGGCGUUGUUAACUGUCCUCCAGUGUGGUGGUAUGGUAUACGUACGUCUGUUGUUUUUCUAUAGUAAUCUGAUUCACGAACAUUCCUGGCCAACCCAAAGUCUGCGAUUUUCAUGACGAAAUCUUUACCAACCAAGACAUUUCUAGCUGCCAGAUCUCUAUGUAUGCACUGUGUGGAAAAUUAGAAGGGUUAUUUUUAUAAUGGAGAACACGAGAGGAGUUUAUAGAAAAUCAUUCGCUAUUAGCAUGAACGUAUAUAAGACAGGCAUAUGAUAAUAACAUAUUAGAAGUGGACAAUAAUUGGUAAUUUUUAGGGUGAUGAUGAUUCAUUAGAAUCAAUGAUCAUGUUGCUGAUGAUGCUUAAUGAUUGAGAGUGAUUUAUGAUCACUGAAUGACGAAGGUAAUGAACAAUAAUGACAAUAAUAUUGAUGAAGACUGAUGGUGAUUAUCAUUAUCGAUUAAUAAAGACUAAUAAUAGAAAUAAUAAAUGUUGAUGAUUAAUGAUUGUUGGAGAUGAUUAAUGAUUAUAAUGAUUCCUAUUGUGAACAAUGAAAAAAACUGUCAUUCCAAUGGUGAUAAAUGAUAACAAAAACGGUGAUUAAUUGAAGUAAUUGUUGAUGAUGAUGUCGUCAAUGAAAACUGAUAUGAAGGCAAAUAAUUACUAUUAUUACUCUCUGCUAUUUUAACGACGGAUUCUGCGAUUUUAACGACGGAUUCUGCGAUUUUAACGACAGAUUCUGCUAUUUUAACGAUUAAUUCUGAUAUUUUAACAAGAAUUUGCGAUGACGUCCUCACCUUGCGGUCUGCUAGGAAUUGCAUGCCUUUAGAAACUUGCAAUGAGAAUGAAACGAGACUCGGCAAGGUGAUUUCUGAUUCGAUACUCUCAUCUGAAGACGCAUUUAAAGGCGGCCGUCUGCUCCGUAAAUAUUGUCUUAAGUUCCCAUAUGGGGCAAAUUCAACGACGACGUACACCGAACCUGGAACAGAAUGAUCCAUUAAACAGCAAGUCUUGCACAUCAAUAUUUGCCGAAUAUUUUACGAGUUAAUAGAAUAUUCAAUGUCCAAAUAGCUAGUUCUGCAAAGGAAAUCUACUUUUAUCUUACUACCCUGGAAUAUCCUAUAGAAAUGGGAGUUGGAAGAAUAAAAAGGGGGUUGAAAAUAAGCUGUAGCCUUAGAAUUAGCGGGAGGUUGCAAUGAGCGGGGGAGAUUGUCAGCAGAGUGGGUGUAAGAAGUCAGAAAGCAACAUUGAACAAGUACCCUCUUACAUCAUGUAUGUGUCUACAGAGUCAGACAUGUUCUUUUCAAUUCAAACUAGCUUUGGUGUUUCCUGUAUUCUCUCUUUAAUCACGUUCAUUCAUUUUUUUCAUGCGGAAAACAAUGCUUCAUCGUUGCACAUAUGGCAGGCAAAUACAGCAAACAAAUUGCUAAUGAAUAACUUAAAAUUCACAUUUAAAUUCAUAAUAAAAAAAUUCAAGACAAGAUGCAAAAUGCUGACAUCGUACCAUUCUGUGUGCAACAGCCUAGGAAAUUAAUGAUGUUUCUAUGUUGGCCAAUUCGUUUCAUUGUCUCCAUUUCGGACAACAAAUCGUGCAGCUCGUGUUCCGUUGCAUCCGCUGUAAAAAAUAGGCCAUGGUACAUCUCAGUUUUAGUUGUUAUUUAUCUACAUCAAGGGAUUAAGGUAUUAUUGUACACUUUUUGUUGCUAAUAUGACAUUCACCGGGAACUAGCCUUCACAGAGGUAAGUUUAAAAUUACGCCAAAUCUAGUACACUGUAUUUAUAUUUAAAAAGUCGGUUUGGUAA